AGUGGCGCGCAAUCACAAAUUUACGGAACCAAAACAAAUUAUUUAUCGUCGUUCCAUGCAUAUUGAUCGCUUAGAUUUAAUGGCACAAAUUUCCUUUAAAUAUGUCUACCAAGCAAUUUAUCAACAUUAACAACAAGUACGACCGGGUUGUGGUAUUGGUGGAUAUGGACUGUUUCUAUUGCCAAGUUGAGGAGAAAUUAAAUCCCACGAUUAGAGGAAAACCAAUAGCCGUAGUGCAGUACAAUCCAUGGCAGGGAGGAGGAAUUAUUGCAGUGAACUAUCCCGCACGGGCAAAAGGUGUAACACGUCACAUGCGAGGAGAUGAGGCAAAAAAGCACUGUCCAGACAUCGUGCUACCUCAAGUGCCGCAAGUACGUGGUAAAGCGGACAUUUCUAAGUACCGAGAUGCCGGCAAAGAGGUGGCUGCCGUACUCCAAACCUUCACCCCAUUGCUGGAACGGGCUAGUGUUGAUGAAGCUUACAUGGAUAUCACAGAACGGGUUCUUGCUCGAUUAAAAGAUAUGAACGAGGGAAAAUUUCAAUUACUGCCAGAUAAGCUGGCUAAUACAUUUGCUGUUGGCUAUGAAUCCGUAGGUCAUUUUGUGCAGAAAAUAUCAGGAGAUUUAGACGAUGGUUCCAAUUCUCAAGAACUUGAGAGUGAGGAGGAUCGAGUGGCCUACAAAAAGAGCGAUAUAAAACUGUUGAUAGGAGCAUCAAUUGUAAACGAAAUCAGAGCCGCUGUCAAAGAAAAAACUGGAUACGAGUGCUCAGCAGGAAUUGCCCACAACAAAAUUCUUGCUAAACUAACCGCUGGCUUCCAUAAACCAAAUAAACAGACAAUCUUACCAUUAAAAAGUAUUUCGACGAUGUAUCAGACCCUAUCAAUCAAGAAAGUUAAAGGACUGGGUGGCAAAUUAGGAGAUCAGGUUUGUGAAAUAUUGAAAAUCCAGAAUAUGGCUGAGCUAGCUAACAUUCCUGAAAAAGUAUUACAAAACCAUUUCGAAGAACGCAUGGGUUCAUGGAUGCAUCUGAUUGCCAAAGGAAUAGAUCUGGAAGCAGUGACACCUAAGUUCAACGCUAAGAGCAUAGGCUGUUGUAAACGGUUCCCGGGAAAAAAUGCCAUAACCGGAUUGGCCACUUUAAAGCAUUGGUUAAGCGAAUUGUCUAAUGAAAUUCAGGAAAGGCUAGAAAAAGAUAUGGAGGAAAAUAAUCGCACAGCCAGGCAAAUGACUGUGAGCUAUGCUCAACAAUUUGGAGAUAAUGACGUAUCAAGUACGAGAAGUGUACCUCUUGUUGUAUACGAAGCUGGACAAAUUGCAACAGAUGCACUGGAAGCUAUUAAACGAAAUACCGACAUUUUCUUGAAAGCUGACAAUCCCGCUAUGUUGAAUAAUUCUGUCAAAUUUCUUGGCAUAAGUGCAGGAAAAUUUGAGGAUAAUUCAAAUGUGAGUAAAAAAAAUGGGCUUAAAGCAAUGUUUUCUAACAUUGCCAACAAAGCAGGACAAACGCAAAUCCCUCAAACCAAUAUUUGUACAAAGUUGAGUGAAAGUAAUAAUCAAUAUGAUGAAAGCUUAUCUCUAUGUGAAGUAAUGGAUAAUGCCAGUGAUAAAAAAUCUUCAAAUAAAGAAAUAUCCAAUUUCUUUCAAAAUACUGAAACAUAUGAAAACCUAGAAAACAGUGGGCGUGAAAAAUUUUUUGACGAAGGAAAAAAGUGCUCCAAACCAUCAAUAGCAAACUUUUUCUCGAAAAUAAAAACCUCUACAAAUGAAACAGAAGAUUCCGUUGCGGCAUCCAAAUUAAAACAACAAGAUGUACAGAGCACAGAGCAUGAAGCUAAUAAAAAUGAAAACGAAAUGAGAAGCGAAGAUGAAAGUUAUUUAAAUUCUACUCAACCAUUAAUAGAAGACGAAUUGUCAAUAAUUGAUCCAACCAAACCAGAUUUAUUAGAAGAAGAUCCUAUUCAACUUUCAUCAGAAAAAACGGAAAACAAACAAGUAGCAGAAAAAAUUUCUGUCAUAGAGAUUAAAUCCGUUGAUCGCAUCAAUCAACAAGUGAUUCAAGCAGAAACAAGUAGUUUAAGUUCAUUGGAUUAUCGACAAACCUAUGCGGAAUUCUAUCGUUCACCGGUUACGCUGCCGAAUAUGGAGCAUCCUCAAAAUGUUCAAAUAUGCUCCGAUUGUGGCAAACAGGUUCCCAGUAAAGAAAUGCAAUCUCACAGGGAUUUUCAUCUGGCUUUGCAGCUGAGUCAACAGCAACGAGAAAAAUUUCGAAUUGAAAUGAAACAGAAAUUUAGCUGUUCUCCGGUAACAGUUUCGAAGCCUAAAACUACAUUCAACAAUUCAAAGGUUAGAGGGAAAAGUUUACUAAUAGAUAAGUUCCUAACGGCAAACCCUCCAACAAGUCAAUCAUCAUUGUUAACAGAACCACUGCAUAAUGCUUCAGCGAGUGCAUCAAUGGAAGUUUGUAAUGAAUGCCGCAAAUCUAUUUGUUCGAAAGAUAUGCAAGAGCAUCUCGACUAUCACAUAGCUAGAAAGAUUCAGUUGGAAUUGAACCAGCGAGACAUGAUACGAGCAACAGGGGCGUCAGGCAGCAGUAGUACGCUGCCGCUUACGCUGUCUCAAAAACCCAGCGGUAAUCAAAAAAGGAAACGGUCGGCUGCUGGUGGUUCGGCAGGUUCCUCUGAUGCAAGGCCGCCAGUCAAACUUAAAAAUUUGUCUACAUAUUUUACCAAAUUGUGAAAAAUUAAACGUUAUUAAAGUUGUUUUCAGUACAAAUAUACAA